AUGACGCUCCUCAUCAACCCCACCACCACCAACACCACCACCACCACACACGGCCGCCACCCGCACAAAGCAUGGUGGAAGUCCGCGGCUGUGUACCAGAUCUACCCCUCCUCCUUCGCUGACACCAACGGCGACGGCAUCGGCGACCUCCCGGGCAUCAUCGCAAAGCUGGACUACCUGCACAAGCUCAACGUCGACGUCGUCUGGCUCUCGCCGAUAUACCGCUCGCCGCAGAAGGACAUGGGCUAUGACAUCUCGGACUACCGCGACGUGGACCCAAGGUAUGGCAAGAUGAGGGAUCUAGAUGCGUUGCUGGAGGGCCUGCAUAACAGGGGUAUGAGGCUGGUGAUGGAUUUGGUGGUCAAUCAUACUUCGGAUGAGCAUCCAUGGUUCCAAGAGUCCAAGCAGGACCUCACAAACCCCAAGGCCGACUGGUACAUCUGGCGGCCGCCACGCUACAUCUCCGGCGUACGCUGCGCGCCCAACAACUGGGAGUCCGUGUUCAGCGGGCCCGCAUGGACAUAUGUGCCCGCGCGGGGCCAGUACUACCUACACCUGUUCCUGCCGGGGCAGCCGGACCUCAACUGGGAGGUUCCGGCGGUGCGCGAGGCUGUGUACGACGUGAUGCGCUUCUGGCUGGACAAGGGCGUGGACGGGUUCCGCAUGGACGUGAUUAACCUGAUCAGCAAGGUGCAGAGCUUCCCCGAUGCGCCGGGGGAGGGACUGCAGAGCGGGAUGGACUAUUGCGCGAAUGGACCGCGGUUGCAUGAGUUUUUGAGGGAGAUGAGGAGGUGUGCGGUGGAGGGGUAUGAUGUGUUGACGGUGGGGGAGAUGCCGUGCGUGACGGAUGAGUGGGAGGUGUUGAAGGCGGUGGGCAGGGAGAGGGGCGAGUUGGAUAUGGUGUUUCAGUUUGAUAUUGUGAGCGUCGACUGGGGCUCCGGCAGCAAGUUUGAGCACCGCCAGUUCCAACCGAAGGUGCUGGCGGAGGUGGUGAACCGCUGGCAGACCUUCAUGAUCGAGAAUGACGGGUGGAACACGCUGUUUGACGAGAACCACGACCAGCCGCGCACCGUGUCGAGGUUCGUGGACCGCAAGUACACGGACAGCGACUACGAGACCCGCGCAAAGGUGGCGAAGCUGCUGGCGACGUUCCUGGUCUGCCAGAGCGGCACGGUCUAUGUAUACCAGGGCCAGGAGCUCGGCAUGAGGAACUGCCCGAAGGAGUGGCCAAUCGCGGAGUAUAAGGAUAUAGAGACUAUCAAUUACUGGAAUAAGGUGCUGGAAGAGCGUGGCGGCGGAGACGCAGACAUGUCAGACGUCAUGGCGCAGAUCCAACUUAAGGCUAGAGACAACGGGAGGACUCCCAUGCAGUGGAACGACACCGCACACGGCGGGUUCACGACCGGCACGCCCUGGAUGCGCGUCAACGACGACUACACGUGCUGGAACGCUGCCCUGCAAACCGACGACCCUAACAGCGCCUACAGCUACUGGGCCCGGCUGCUCACGUUCCGGAGGGAGUUCUGCGACAUCGUUGUGUAUGGCGGCUUUGAGAUGCUGACGGGUGGUGAGGGCGGCGUGAUUGCGUACCGCCGGAAAGGGUAUGUGGGGGGGAGUGAGAAGACGGCGGCGAUUGUGGUGGUGCUGAACUUUGAGCCGAGGAGUGUGGGGUGGAAGUUAGAGGAGGGGAGGUUUGCGAAGAAGGUGGUGCCCGAUGUGUUGUUGGGCACGUAUGGGACGACGGUGUUUGUGGAGCAGGGGAUGCUGAUUUUGAGGCCGUUUGAGGCGGUGGUGCUGGAUGCUUGUGUGUGA